AUGGCGUUUUAUUGCGAUUACUGCGACACGUACCUCACCCAUGACUCGCCCUCCGUGAGGAAAACCCACUGCAGUGGCCGAAAACACAAAGAGAAUGUGAAAGACUACUAUCAAAAAUGGAUGGAGGAACAAGCUCAGAGCCUGAUUGAUAAAACAACGGCUGCAUUUCAGCAAGGGAAAAUCCCACCUACACCGUUUUCGGCACCACCUCCGGCAGGAGCCAUGAUACCACCUCCUCCCAGCAUCCCUGGCCCCCCGCGGCCUGGCAUGAUGCCGGCCCCUCACAUGGGUGGGCCACCGAUGAUGCCAAUGAUGGGCCCACCCCCACCGGGAAUGAUGCCGGUCGGACCCGCUCCAGGGAUGAGGCCACCGAUGGGAGGACACAUGCCCAUGAUGCCAGGGCCCCCAAUGAUGAGGCCACCCUCCAGACCCAUGAUGGUGCCAACCAGGCCGGGAAUGACCCGUCCAGACAGAUAAAGGUGGAAAUGGAGCUACCUUU